CACCCCAUAAACACUUCCAAUUUUGUAAACAUAACCUUGUUAAAUCAAACGGGCGAUGUAACCUAUAAAAUUUAAAAUAAGUAGAGAUUUCCUAGGCUAAUUAAAAUGGAUAUUCAAUUUUUAGCGGAAAUAAAGGAUCUCAAAGUAGUUUACAAUGUCCUGAAAUCAAUUAUAUUUAAAGACUUUGUAGUGAUGAGAAUAAUGGAAGAGGGCAUGAAAAUAACAGUAGACGAUAUGAAAUGUGUGGAAACAUCAGUUUACAUUCCAUCCAACAUAUUUUUCGUUUAUAAAAUCAAAUGUGAUGAAGACAUAGUCUUUAAAAUUAGCCAUAAAGUUUUUACAGAAUGUCUACAUAUUUUUGGUGAUGAUGGUAAUCCUAGCAUGAAAAUGUCGUACAAAGGACCAGGAUUUCCCUUAUCGCUAGUUUUAAAGCAUCAAGAAGAAAAUAUUAUUGUCGAUUGUGAAAUAAAAACAAUGGAUGUUGAAGAUGAGUUCCCUGAUGUAAAUCUGGCAGAGGAAUGCAAUUUAAACAAUGUUGUCUUAAAUGCAGGACACUUUGUAGAAAUUUUAUCAAACAUUGAUCACAAUUCAGAUGAACUUGAACUAUUCUUAAGUCCAGAGCCACCAUACUUUAGGAUUACAACUUAUGGAGUUUUAGGUGAGACUCAAAUUGAUAUUUCAAAGAAUCCAGAUAUUAUAAUAGUCUUUAAUUGCCAAACUGAGUCUGUAUCAAAGUAUUCGUUUAAUAAUAUAAGGCAAAUUUUUAAAGUACUAAAUUAUGCUAACAAAGUAAAGAUAUCUACAGGAAGAACAGGGUUGUUAGGGUUUCAACUUGUUAUUUAUGCUGAUGAUGAAAAAGUUAUGUAUGCUGAUUAUUAUGUAACACCUCAAUUUAUAGAUGAAUAAAUGUUUUAUAUUUUUUGUAAAAUCGUGUAAACGUAUUAAUAAUGAGAUAAAAGUA